CCCCCCCCCCCCCCCCUCUACGUUCGCUGCAAAUCCCUCAUUGUCAUUGGCAUCACCCCAUCACUCUGCUCUCCCCGGACCCCGCAUUCACUAUAUCCUCUCUCCCCGGACCCCGCAUUCACUAUAUCCUCUCUCCCCGGACCCCGCAUUCACUGUGUACGCUCUCCCCGGACCCCGCAUUCACUAUAUCCUCCGCUCUCCCCGGACCCCGCAUUCACUAUAUCCGCUCUCCCCGGACCCCGCAUUCACUAUAUCCCGCUCUCCCCGGACCCCGCAUUCACUAUAUCCACUCUCCCCGGACCCCGCAUUCCCUAUAUCCUCUCUCCCCGGACCCCGCAUUCACUAUAUCCGCUCUCCCCGGACCCCGCAUUCACUAUAUCCGCUCUCCCCGGACCCCGCAUUCCCUAUAUCCGCUCUCCCCGGACCCCGCAUUCACUAUAUCCGCUCUCCCCGGACCCCGCAUUCACUAUAUCCGCUCUCCCCGGACCCCACAUUCACUAUAUCCGCUCUCCCCGGACCCCGCAUUCACUAUAUCCCGCUCUCCCCGGACCCCGCAUUCACUGUAUCCGCUCUCCCCGGACCCCGCAUUCACUGUAUCCACUCUCCCCGGACCCCGCAUUCACUAUAUCCUCUCUCCCCGGACCCCGCAUUCACUAUAUCCGCUCUCCCCGGACCCCGCAUUCCCUAUAUCCGCUCUCCCCGAACCCCGCUUUCACUGUAUCCUCUCUCCCCGGACCCCGCAUUCCCUGUAUCCUCUCUCCCCGGACCCCGCAUUCAUUAUAUAUCCGCUCUCCCCGGACCCCGCAUUCACUGUAUCCCCUCUCCCCGGACCCCGCAUUCCCUAUAUCCGCUCUCCCCGGACCCCGCAUUCACUAUAUCCGCUCUCCCCGGACCCCGCAUUCACUAUAU